CACCCCAAGGUCUUCGAAAAAAUGCCAACGACAAUCGCAAUGGGAGACGAGUUUUGUUUCUACUGCGAGAAUCCCGGGCCCUUACGCAAGUGUGCUCGAUGCGAAAUUGCGCGAUAUUGCUCGCAGGAGUGCCAAAAGAAGGACUGGAAACCAACCCACAAGGCUGUUUGUUUCAACCGCAAGGAGCGUUUGUCAGAUCCGACAAACCCGCUGCUCGACCAGUAUAUGAAGGACUAUAUCAAGUGGAAUAAGACGUGGCAAGACCCUAUCCUUGCGUGGGGCUUGCUUGCGGCGAACCUGGCAAACCAACCAGAAGAUUAUCUGACCAACCACACGUACUAUGUCAUCCUCAAACGGCGCUCACAGACUAAGGGUCAUAUACCGGCUCCGGCACGCUUUGAGGUGACGAUGGGCGGGAUGCGGCACGAUUCUGAAAUUAUCGAGGAGUAUCGCGCAAUUCCUAAUGCAGAGUACAGUCAAUCACUCCUACGAGACUUUAAGAAAGCUCCCAGGGCGAAUAACUGCAUACGGUGUGUCGUGGCAUUGCCCGCCUGUGCAGUCUUCGGUAACACAGCAAACCUUGUCGAAAAUCUCGCAGCGAAUAUGGGCAUCUCGUCUGCUGCACUGACGGACCCGUGCUCUGGGGAGGCAAGGCUGUUCAUGUCGACACAAAGAGUAUCUUCACGACGCCAAAGCAAAGGGAAAAAUCGGGCAGAUCUGGGAGGUGGCUUUCGAGCGGCAAGCGGGGCCUCUUGGGAACAAAAUACAAAUGGUCUAGGUCUUUACGGGACAAAUCCUCUCGACGAUUCGCAUAUGCAGCGUUCAUUCUCAUUGGGCCAGGCAGGCACGCCCAAUCUUACUUCCACCACCACCCACACUUAUCUGCCGCCACGGCCUCAAUCACAAGCCUCUGCUGCAACCAGCGUCGAUCAUGCGCGUUCUAGCGCGCUCGCUUCCAUUGCGCGGCCAGGGCAUUUUCAUCGAGCACCUGUGUCGACCAGAACUCCGUAUACAAGCCCGGUCGUUGGAGGCGGUUUGCCAUCGCUUUCCGGCCGCGCUGGAUCGCACUCGUCAUUGGUUUCCUCCGCCUACACCUACAGCCCUCGCAGUCGCCAGGGAUACUCCCCUAGUGAUCAAUUCGGGUCCGGGUAUGCUUCGAGCCGGGGAAUUCGUAGUCGUGGGCCAGGCUCACUUGGAGGUUAUGGUUCGAUGUCCAUGUCGUCUCUUGGUUCGGGAUUCUCGUCUCUGUCCCGCUUCACCAAUGGCACCGGCACGGGAAGCAGUCUUGCUGCUGUCGGGUCAUACGAGUCAGGUCAAGAUGGGUAUGGGUACUUCUCGGGUCAGUCACGGGACUCCGCCUCGCCUGGCUGGUCCACCCAACGGCACGGUGAUUUGGUUCGCCCAUCAUCGAGGUAUAGCACCAUUCCUCGUGAUCGGGGACGCAGACCCAUCUAUGGUGAUCGCGAAGACGACAUGAACAGCCUCAACUACGCGCUUGCGGGGCUUAAUGUCUCCAGCCGCAGUCGUCAUCUCCCUGCAAUCAGACCUUCGAGAGGAAAUGACUUUCAUUCUGGGCCAACUUUCGUCGUCGAGCCUUCUGAUGCGGGGUCUGAUGCAGACUACGAGGAAGACGAGUAUUAUUCCCGACACAGACACGAGCGAGGCAGCUAUGACUCCGGGUCCGGCUUUUCUGACAGUGCAUAUACCGACGAGUAUGAAGCAGAUUACGAUUAUGACGACGACGACGAAUUCUCUGGCGGAGGGUAUGACGAGUACUCUGAUGAUCUGGUAUAA